GAAAAUCUCUUAGUCCUAUGAAUCUGUGACCGUUCCAGUGAUGACAGAUGAUUCAAUCUUAUGAAUGUUUAGAUGAUCGAGAAAGACUGGACACGACUUGUCGAGAUCAAAGUUGRAGGAUAAAGUUACGUUGAGUUUCUCGUCGUGUUGGGUUUAGUGACUUAUAGCGCUUUCAUCAUAUCAUUUGACAUGGCUUCACAACAACARCUCGCUGAAGAAAGCUUUAUGAAUGAGGGGAGUGAUGUUAAAGCCCAGCACAUUCCGCCAUCMCAUCGAGGUCAUGUGCUGGAUAUUGAAGAUCGAGACCCAACUAGAAUGAAUGACCACGUUAAGGUCCUCAUUUUCAACCUUCGUUGGUACUAAGUACUGUUGCUAUCGCUUCUUGACUGCCAUCUUUGGUAUCCCUACUGCCAUCUUGUGCGGUUGUUACUUUGCUUGUCUCAGUUUUGACUACAUCUGGUGCAUAAUGCCGUGUCUUCGAGCGUACCUCAUUGAGCUGCAAUGUCUUGGCAAAGUGUUUACCUUGGUCGUGCGUACGUUCUGUGAUCCAUUGUGUGAUUCUAUCGGAAGGAUUUUUGGCGGCGUGAAGGUCACCCAUUUUAAUCAAAAGACUCCAGAGAUUGCCUAGCCGAUGAUUAUCGUUAGAGUUUUUAUUCUGGCGAUCGCUACAAAUGUAAUACUCAUAAUAAAUUUUCCAUAUUUGAAUUAUACUCAUUAAUUUUCUUUUUUAAGCAUCAGCCGACAGUUCAGAUCAUAUUCUAUGAAAAUCAUUUUCUUAUCAGAGAUAAUAGUCAUAUCAUACAUGUACUAUUUACCAGUUUAUAAUAUUCAUGAAACUCUCAGACAUAAUCUUAUAAUAAAAUGUCACUUGGCAAUUUACACACAAUU